AUGGAAUGGGCUGUUGUUCUGCAGAAAUGUGCGGCUGCUUUGGCUCAUAUUCAUGAUAAAGGGUAUAUCCAUGGUGAUAUUAAGCAUAAUAAUAUUAUUUUGCAAAAUAGCACAGGUUUUUAUGAACCAGUUAUUAUAGAUUUUGGGAAAAUGAAAAAAGCCGAAAAUGCUAAAAUUUAUAAAUUGAACACAAAGGAGCGAGAUCACUACUUAAAAUGCUACAAACAUAUAGCACCAGAAAUAGUUUGGGGGAAAAGUGCAGCAUCUCCUGCCAGCGACAUCUACUCAUUUGGCCAAGUCAUCUCUCUGGUUGUUUAUUACACAAAAUUAACUGGUUUGCAGAAAAUAGCCAAAGCAUGCAAAAUGGAACGCCUGAAAGACGGCCUACAGCUAUUAAUGUGGCCUUGGAACUUACUGAACUUUAUAAACAAUGAGCACUGCCACUGCACACAUGCACCACCCUGGAGCACUGAUCCAUAUUUAAGCAAUAACUGA